ACUCUCUCGAGUUCCUAAAAUUUUAGUCUCUUCUCUUUUCUUCUGAUCUUCUCUUGCCUCCCCUGAUUGGGUAAGUAUGGAGUUGGCCUGCUUUGAAUCUCCAUUUCCAUUUGAUCAAGUGGAGGAGCUGUUCCCUCUUCCUUCUCUUUCCAGUUUAGAUAUUCCUGUUCCCACGCUUCCCUUCAGCUCUUCCAUGGAGAAGAGUAGUGAUAAUAAUGUCUCCCAAAAGCCCAAAAAUGGCCGCCGGCGAAAGUCUCCCAAUAACACUACUUCUGACGACGCCGGCUGCUACAACAACCCUAAUGAACACAAAAAGAAGAAGAUUAUCCACAGAGACGUGGAGCGCCAAAGAAGGCAAGAAAUGUCCACUCUUUACGCCAAUCUUCGCUCCCUCCUCCCUCUGGAAUAUCUCAAGGGGAAGAGGUCGAUUUGCGAUCACAUGCAGGAAACAGUGAAAUACAUACAGCAUACGCAGGCCAAUAUCCAGAAGCUUUCCAACAAGAGAGAUGAGCUGAAGAGGCUCUCCGGCCACGACGAUGCCGCCUCCGACACUGCUACCAUCGAAACGUUAAACUCCUCGAAAAGGGACUCUGUUUCCGUGGCAGUGAACCAAAAACAGGGAGGAGUUCAAGUUGUUCUUCACACUCCCACCCACCAUGGCCUUCCCCUCUCCACCAUUCUGCAGGCUCUAAUAGCACAAAAAUUCGACAUUCUCAGCUGCAUUUCCACCAAAGUAAACGACAGCUUCCUCCACACCAUCGACUCCCAAGCUGCAGCUCUAACCAAUGUCGACGUGUCGGAACUCCAACAUAAAUUGACCAACUUGUAAUAUUUUCCUUCUCAUUAAUUAGGGAUUCAUAAAUAAAGCAUUCCAUUCCUCA